AUGGUGACUAUGGAUGCUUCUAAAAUGACGAGUAAAACGAGUUCAUUAAAGGCUCUUAUACUGAAGGCUUGGCGUGAACGGUGGACGGAUAUACAGUGGGGAAUCAAUAUCAAGACAAUUCUACCGAGAGGAGUCAGUGGAGAUUUGUACAAUCUUGCUGACUGCAUUCUUCAACAAGCUAUGGUGGGAUGUGGAGCUAAUCAGUUAGUAAUAUCUUACUUGAAACAUUCCCUUGCCUCCCAUAUUGUGUCUUAUGCUGCAGUGCUCCAGAGAAUUGCUAAAUUUGACUCAUACCAUAAGCCAUACUGCGUCCUCAGCUUACUAGAAUUUUUGGAAAGUUUUAUUGACAAUGUAACAUGUAGAAGUAAAAUGGAGGAAGAAAUUCUUGCCAACGCAGUUUCAUCUAUUAUACUUUGGCUUUUACAAGUGUAUCACUAUUCAUUAAGCAAAUAUCCCUCAUCAAAUCCUAUUCAGAGUCAAGAACUUUUAGAGAAGUCAACAUCACUCUUAAAUUCAAUUGUGAGCUCUGAUUUCUUACUUGCUAUGUUUUAUUUAGCAAAACAGAAUGAUCCUGAAGAGUAUGCAGAGGUUACAAAGAAAUGUCAAGAGAUAACUGGGUUUAUGAUGAUGAACACACAAUUUAAAGCCCCACUUACUAUACAUGAUACUCUCCAAAAGAUAUGCAAUAUGGUUAUUGAUAAAAUAGCACCGUUAAAUAACAAACCAGACACAGUGUCCUAUUGUCUACAAGCAUUGGUUGCUGUUAAUGUUUUAGCAAAUCCUAGUGCAGACGUACAGCAGCUCUCAAAUCAGUUAAUAAUAAUACAAAGAAUAAAAUGCUUCAGCUUAUCGAGACUGUACUGUGAAUUAAUUAGAGCUUGCUUUAUUUCACUUAAUGAUGCUAGUAAAGAUGCAUUAAAGCAAGCAUUGUGGGCUGCUUUCACCUUCCUUAAAGUUCCACAAAUAAUUCAAUGCAUACAUAAUAUGUCUGGCACUCUGAGCAAAGAGGGAGAUUAUUCAGUAGAAGUAGUUGAGGCAUUUGAAAAACUACUACAAAGUACUCCUUUACUUGAUGUUGUUGAUGCCAGAAAUAGUUGCAACAGUGUUAUCUCAUUAUUAGAACCACUAGUGAAGCUUAAUCUUGUUAGUGAGAGCCAUUUAUCUUAUUUUAAUCAGAAGCGUGAAGUAAAAGAUUUAAAAUUACAAAAGUUAGAGCCAACCGGCCUACAAGGCCCUGUCCCAACAUUUAUCACCAGAGCAGAACCAACUCUAGCAGGCAUUCUAAAAACCAUGGGUGGUGAUUUUCAUAAGAUUCUUGAUUCAUUGUAUUCAAUGCUGUGUCAGAUAGUAGGAGGUACAACAUUAGAUACUAUUUUAGCUGUUGCAACAGUUGAAGGUAAACUGAAAUUGUUUGUGUCCCGUCUGAUAAAAUUUAAUGAAUUUGCUUUAGUUGCUGCUAGUGAAAAAGGAGCCCCUCAGUCCAGAGCAUACAUAUUUGACAUAACAUUCUUGAUUUUGUGCUCAAUAGUACAAGAGUAUGGCGCUAAUGUCGUUUUAGAAGAAAACGGUGAUUCAUUCUUUGAUAAAUGGGUUAGAGAUUUCAUGCCUCAGAAAGGUGCAUAUAAAUGCCCAAAUCAAAUCUUGCAAAAGUGUGAACAGCAACUAGUUGAUAUAUUUAUCCAUCACUUGAAUGAUUUUGAGUUUAAAAAUACUAAUCUAAAGCCACAUGACUUAUGUAUGAAUGUCAGUGGCGUUAUGAAAGAGGUUCUUUUUGCUUGGGAACAAGGUUCUCUUUCAACUGCAGAUGUCAAAAGGAUGUUAGAUUCUAUGAGACAGAAGAUGGCUUCAUUGGCUGUCUGUGGUUCAGUAUGGUUAUGCUCAUACAUAAAUGUAGUACAUCAAGAUGCUAUAGUAAAGCCUAUGAAUAUGGUGCAGCAAUUAGCUAAUCCCCCAAAUGAAGUUGAAUUAUCUCAAAGUGAUAACUUCAAAGAACGAGCUGUGUUGAUGUGUUCUAUAAUAAGGAAAAUGCAGUAUGAUGUACAUCCUCCUACUGUUCCCAAGACUAAGUCUAUCACUCUAUCUCAUUGCAUAGUUUCUUCUCAACCAAUUUUAGAACAGUUACACACUGUUUGGGAUGAUAUAAAAACAAGAGGGUACUUGCACAUUGAUGCUACUCACAUAGUUCAAAGUGUAUUAAAUACAGCUGGUCCCGUUUGGUUUGUGACUAAUCUUAUUAAGGAGACACUUAAAUUCAGACACCAAGAAGAUCUCGAUCGGUCAGUAGACAUUAUUCUAGCAAUAUUUCACUUAGAUAUAGAGAAGUGUACAGAAGCUCUAUUGCAACAUGUGCUACCACAAUACCUGUACAAUGCUAAACUAAUUGAAGAGUUGGUGGAACCUCAAUCUACGGUACUAGCAAAACUGUGUGUGUACUGUAUCUUUGCUGCUCUAGAACAAAGUAUGACAACGAAAACUCUUGGUUCUAGAAAGCGUAGGCACGAUGAUUCAGAUGACUUAGAUGCUAUAACGUCAAGUAAAUUACGAAGAUUAAAUGACAAUUCAUCUGAUAGUUCUGUCUAUCAUUCUCAAACACAGAGUUCAACAGGAAUCAUUAUAAAGGAGCCUCUGCAGUCAUCUUUAGAUAUGCUUUUUCAAACUUUUUCCCAAUUGGCUGGUAAAAAUGGCCAAGUUACCCCCCAAACACAGUUUAUUCUCCAAUUCUUGAUCUUUAUAAUUCAGUGUGGACAGGAUAGAGCACAGUUAAUUUUACAGAAAAUGCCAAGUGAAAUAGUCCCUGUGUUGGUUAAAGCGCUCCCAGACAGUUUUACUGUAGGCAUUAUUUUGAGAUUAUAUGACUUAACUACCCCUUACGGCAGGAAAGAUGCUGCCAGAGACUUAUGUUUGUUACGGAAUAUGCGAUUAAGACCUGAAUAA